AUGGCGUUUAUAUGGUGGGAAAAGCUGUGUAUAAUCUUAUAUACAUCAGGUGAGAACAUUUUAUAAAUGUAAAACGUUAUUUUGUUGAGGUCUCAAGGUUUAUGCACGCAUAUAUGGGAUUAGAGACUUCACGCAUCUUGGACCCAAAAGCGGUGAAGACGACACUUCAUGCAGUUUCGCGCGCACAAUAGACCUUUCCUCUUUUAAGUGAGAUUUUGAUCUAGACUAGUCUGGACAAAAAUUUCAUCACAGCUUGAAAGAGCAUCACAAAAUUAGUAAUAUUCCGACGUUUCGUUGCGAAAUGUUGUAAAAUGCGGAUAAUAUAGCCUUGCGAAUUUUGCCGUUUUUCAGUCAUUUUGUAUUGCGCGGGGGAAAUUGAUAAUCAGUUUGAUCAUCUGAUUAUCAAUUUCCCGUUUGUAAUACAAAAUGACUGAAAAACGGCAAAAUAUGCAAGGCUAUAUUAUCCGCAUUUUACAACAUUUCGCAUGCUCUUUCAAGCUGUGAUGAAAUUUUUGUCCAGACUUGUCUAGAUCAAAAUCUCACUUAAAAGGGGAAAGGUCCAUUCACGACUAUAUUUCUCUUCGAACUUGACCCCCAUGCAAUCAAUCUUAUUGUGCGCGAAACAUGAGGAUAUAACCAUGCAUAUUCCAAAAUAAAAAAUAGAUAAUGAAAUCCUCCGGGAGUCUUAGACGUCGUCCUCGCUCGAGUUACAAUCGAAAACACCAUGUUGAUACAACGGCUGCAUUUCAAACCGCGAGAAGUGUACUCAGCAUGAUUAACUCAAUCAGAAGAACUCUUCCCAACUUUUUAAUAUGAAUUAGUCUAAGAACAAAGUUAACUUUGCUAAGAAGUAGGAUUUUUCAACCCUCUAUACGACCGAACUACCAAGAACACGCUACUGUUGCGUGCGGAAAUUUUGUCUGUAUCAGUGACAGUGGUCUAGAUGUAUGACAAAAGAGUCACAGAUAGCUUAAACUUAAGUUCUACUAACCCCAAAUAAGAUUUUUGGUAUGUGUAAUAUUUGGGUGAUAAGAAAUGUAUAUGUAUAUAGUAUAUUUUUAUUGACGUUUUCACUUUCAUAGUUUCAUGCCGCGGAUAUGAUCGAUGUGAGACCGAAGGUUGCUGCCGUUGUUUGGAGCCACAGAAUAGAGACCUCACAGAAGGCCGAUUUUGGUUUCGUUUAUGAUUUUGACGUAACCCUUGCAACGCUGUCGCCAUGUUCCUUGCCAGUGCGGUUAUGAGAGGCAUCUACCCACUGAAACUAUUCCAAAUGACAGACGCGGGGGAAUGCCUCUCAUAACCGCAGUCGCUAGGAAAAUUUUGCAAUGAUGAAUCAUUGCGAAUCAUGCAUGGUGUUACGUUUUUUUGGUUGCACGAGUCGGCUUUCUAUAUGGUCUCUAUUCUGUGUCUAUAGUUUAUAGCUUGUUCCCAGUGAACUCUAGCCUGCUCGUAGCCCCCACCCGAAACAGAAUUUCGGGCUGCGAGCAGGCUAAGUGAACUAUAGUUAAACUGGAACGAUAACUCCAGUGAUCAAGUCCUAUAUGAUUGGUUAAAUCAAAAUUUGAAGCCAAGGGCGGGAGCCGCGCGGGAUAAAUUAACUUUCCAAAGGACUAGGGAGAGUUUCGAGAAGCAAAAAAUUCAGUCAAAAGUUUAUUUUUAUAAAAAGGCUUCAAUUUUAAAGAUUCAAACCUAGUUUUCCGGACAGUUCUAAGUAUUUUACAUCGACUAACAGAAAAACGUCCUGGGUAACAGUUUUCUAUAUUACACACGUUUGAACGUGCCGGAAAAACUUCGCAUUUUGACUCCUGAGAAAAGAACUUUACUUUAAAACUGCUGUAUGUUCCGGAACAUGUUUUGUAUUAAAUUUCAAGUAUUGUUGAAAGUUUUUGUCUUUUCUCCAUUUUGAAAUACAGCUGUUUAGUGCUCGAAAACAGAUGUCUCUUAGGCAGCGUAUUCUCCAAUCCAUACCUACAUGGCGGCCUUCAAUUUGGCUUCAAAGAAGGCGGCCAAGUUAUCGUUCCAGUCCUUUUAGAGUUCACUGCUUGUUCCUUACACACAGAUUUUUAUAGGAACUGUUCGCUAUAUAGACCGUUGUUUCUGCUUGCACAUUUUCAGUAAUUUAUAAUCAGACUAUGAUGUCCGUUGUUUCACUUGUUUGGAGUUGUCCAUUGUUCAGAGAUUUCAAUACUGAGGAUUUUAAGUAAAAUCGGGCGGCCAAAAUUUAUACUGUCUGUUGUAUGGAGGUGUUCAUUACCUUGUACUUUAUCUAGAUUUUAUUUUUCCUAGCUUCUUUUGUACCGUCACAACAAGGAAUUUACGUAUCUCGUCUCAAUGGUGAUGAUACGAUAACAUGUGGAAAACUAAAUCCUCCGUGUCGUACAAUAUCUUAUGGCAUACAACAAGUGUCAGCUGGGUCAUAUAUCUACCUGGAUGGAUCAGCUACAUCAAGAGAUCCUUAUAACUGCGAAGCCCUAGACCCAGGAUAUCCAGGAAUCCAUCUUAGUAAGAGCGUAUCAUUCGUCGGCAUAAGAUUACGUGCUUAUAUCUCGUGUCUCCAUGGCAACCCGUGGUUGGUGGACGGAACUAAAUUCAAAGACGGUGUACGAAUUAGUUUUUCUGGUCUGACUUUUCUGAACACGUCUCUACGCCUUUUCGAUGCUUUUGUGGCAGUCAAUGAUACUAUAUUUAAGGAAACUAAACUUGUAAGCUUGGAUAUUGAAGUGUUAAAUCUGCCUCGGUUGGAUUUAUCGCUGAAAAAUGUUGUUUUCCAACAAAAUGCAGGGUGCAUGACAAUAAAGAGUAGUAAGGGAAGCAAGAUUUUUGUUAACAUAACCAAUACGCUUUUCUAUCAAAAUGGCAAUUUCUCUUUGGACACACCGUCUAUUCUUUGCUUAAAUUCCACAGAAAAUUGGAUCAACAUUCAACUAAGGAACUGCAGCUUCAAGAAGAACACUUUUAAGAAAUAUGGAAUGAUUGUAGUUAUAAACAAAUCAGGAAACACAAACUUUUUGCUAAAUCAAUUCAGAAUGGAAGAAAAUAGCCAUACGAAUCCAAGUAUUGAAGAAUAUGACGGUUUAUUUUAUCUCCUAUCUGCUUGGGUAUUUAUGAGAUUGGAGUACGGGUUUGUUUAUAAAACAUCUUCUACUUUUAUAACUGUGACCGGGUACUCAGCGCAAAUCAACAUCUCAAACACUCAGGUGGACGGAUUCUACUCAGUAACUCGUGGAGGUGGCGUAGUUAAUUUAGUUCAAAGUGAUUCAUGUUACUUAUCAAUCAAGGAUUCCUUUUUUCGUAAUGGAAAUAACAAUGGUACCGGCGCCGGUGUCUUUUCAAUUUUUGUGCCAAAUUCGGUGCUAACCAUUCAAAACUCGAUCAUUCAGAAUAUUUCCGAUUCAGGUGGCACAGUGUAUAUUCAAUCACAACGGAACGCAUAUUUACAAUCGUCGAAUCAUAGUAAAAAAUUCUUUGUUCAUCUACGCAUAAUCAAUUCUUCGUUUUCAUAUACGGAGGGUCGUGUAGUUGGGGUGUUAGCAGAAAACUUAUUGGCAAUUGUCAGUGACAGUUCGUUUCUACGAAAUUCUGCUCCAUAUUGUGGCACGCUGUGUAUCUUCACGAGUGAUGCUGCUAUAAUCAACCUUCACAAUGUUUAUUUCCUAGAAAAUAGUGCUGACGAUGGAGGAAUAGUUGAAGCAGUAGCUAGCAAAGAGUCUUCUACAUUCAGUCUUUUUAUGACUAAUGUUAUGUUUCUCCAGAACAAGCUACGCGCAUGUUCGUCAGAUCUGCAUUGCAGAAUUGUAGUACUUCCGGUUCAAAGUACUAAAAUCAAUGUUGGUUUUAAAAAUACGCGUUUCAUCGGGAACAUCUUGAAGCACGGUGGCAGCAUUCUCUUAGUUUUUAGCGAAUCCACGUUACAUUUUGUAACUCUAGAUAUCUGCAUAUUUAGAGAAAAUAUUGGGAAUUCUGGAACGGUAUAUAUGGCAGGACGCGUUGCAUUAACGUGCAAACAUUCAAUCUUCGAUUCAAAUAGUUGUGUACCUUGUCAAGAAGGGGUAAUGCUCCUAAAUGUAAUCAAUUCAACGAUCUUUUUCAAGAACACGACGUUUGUGAACAAUUUGUCUGCAGCACUUGUAGUGAUUUUCCGUGGAACUUCAAAUCUGAGCAUAUCUGAUUCUGCGUUUGUCCGAAACAAGAAUAUAGACGGUUCUGCAGGAGCUCUGGGAAUAUUUUUCCGACAAGAUCAAAGUAUCUUCAACAAAGCCAGCAGUCACUCUGGGAUUUUCAGAGCUUUUAUUACAAGAGUAUUAUUCCAAGAAAAUGUAGCGGUAACUGGAAGUGUUUUGUUUGUGACAAGCGGCGAAGUGACAUUAACGAAUUGUACCUUUUUGAAUAAUUUUGCACGUUUUCAAGGCGGUCAAAUUAUUAGCGCCGGGACUGGCUCAGUCGAUCUGGCUGUAGUCCAUUCGGUGUUUAAACAAACAAUUCAAAAAAUCGUAAUUACUAAUACACAGGAAUUCAUGGUCACUUCAUUCCUAAGGUUAUACAACUCUGGUACGCUAUUUGUUUACAAUACAACAUUCAACUGGGACACAAAAUCGGACGAACCACUCAUUCUGGUCCUCAAAGCAUAUCGGGUAUCAUUUGACAAUGCUUCGAUGAGUAAUUGCCCAGUGGGUCAUGCUAUUGAAAAGGUUAGUUAUUCUUACCUCGUUAAUAAUAAUCGUCGUGGUACCUCUCUUACAUUGUCCUGCAACGCAUGUGACUACAAUUUCUACUCUCUGCAAAGAGGAACAGCAAGAGGACUGAAUAUAGAUGAUAAUUUCGAAUGCAUACCAUGCCCGCGCGGAGCAGACUGUGUUCCAGCCAUCAGGGCAAAGUUCAACUUUUGGGGAUACCAAACUAGUUCGAAUCCUCCUAAACUAGCCUUCACAAUUUGUCCGUCCGGUUACUGCAAGUCACCCCCAGCUAACAGUAGUAAAUACAAUGAUUGCCAAGGAAAACGUACGGGAGUUAUGUGUGGGGUGUGUACUCAAGGCUAUACAGAAGCGCUGUGGUCAACGUAUUGUACACCAGUCAAAGACUGCCACGAUCAUUGGUUUUGGGUUCUGUUUCUAGCGCUUGUCUUUUCUAUGGCUAUUCUCCUUGUUUUCAAGCCUCCGUUCGUAACGUAUUCUUUAAAACAGAUACUUUGGUUUAAAAGGUUUUCAGGCAGUCGUACAGCAAAAAUUCAAGCCAAUCAUGACAUAAUUCGCUCCCUCACAGUGGACGAAGAGACCGAACAGGAAAACAUACCGUUGUCUUCAACAGAGCAACUCAAACAAGACAAAAGACAAUUUUCCCGCUUUGUGGAGAUUAUCUUCUACUUCUAUCAAAUAGCACAAUUACUUCUUUCCUCGAGUUCUCUGACAGAAUUUUUUGACACCCAAUUCCUUGUACCUGUUCUGGGCUUCUUCAAUUUCCAACCAAGUUUUAAAAAACAAGGUUUUCUGUGUCCUUUUCCAGGUCUCACUCCAGAGACAAAGCUGGCUUUUAAAAUUGCUCCUGUCUUCGGAACUUUAGUUGCUAUUUUCCUUAUCUAUGCCUUGCAUUUCUUCAUCAGUCGUAUGAGAGGCUCCCUUCGUCCUGCUGUUUCUCCAUACCUCCAAGCUAGUAUUAAAACGAUAUUUCUUGGCUACGUAACUCUUGCUACUGUCAGUAUUUCACUCAUUCGCUGUGUUUUUGCUGCAGGCGAAGCUCGAUGGUUCUACAAUGGAAAUGUCUUAUGCUACCAAUGGUGGCAAUAUGCGUCAUUCACUUUUAAUGCUAUCUUUGGGAUUCCUUUUAUAUUUGUGCUUGCUUGGAUUUCGUUCAAACUUCACCAUGAUAAAAUAACAAUCCAACAGUUCCUUCUAGCCAUUAUCUGUCCCCUUCCAUUCUUACUGCUAUGGCUGUUCCGCCUUGUAUGUCCAUCUCCAGUGGUGAAUGUAGAAGAAAACCAAAAUUUAAACGCAUUAAAAGAGAUGCUCUUGGCUCCUUACAGACAGCCGAAAGGUACAAGCAAGCGAGGGGCUUUAUAUUGGCAGAGUGUUUUGAUUGCUCGUCGAUUUAUUUUGGUUUUAAUCUUCUGUGUCGUAACAGAGUCAUCCAUCAGAUUAUUCUGUAUGACACUUGCUUGUGUUUUCGUAUUUGGCUGUCAUCUCAAGGUUAAACCAUUUCAAAAUUCGUUAGCAAAUAAUCUCGAGUCUCUUUCCUUGUUGUUUUUGGUCAUUUUAGGCUUGGUCAACCAGUUUAAGUCUGUGUUUGUUGGUUCCGAACAAAAUAUCAAGGGUUCUUUAGUAACGGUUUUGAAAGUGUUUCAAUGGCUAGAGAUUGUUAUAUUAGGACUACUUCCAGCUAGUAUUUUGCUUCUU